AUGGCUGCUGAUGAUGACCGUGCCCGUGAUGGUAGGCUUGCGCCUCAAGGACCGCGUCGUCAAUCGUCGGGGUCACCCUUGAGAAUUUCGACUAGUGGCGAUGACGAUAAUGGAGGUGCUGAGGAAGAGAGAAUACUGUUACAGGACCAAAGCGAACAACCUCCCGCCGAACAGACCGGGAAUGAUAUGAUACAAGGCCUCGACGGAGAUCAGGGAAGAAGGCCUUCGGAGGUGGAUACCUCAACGCUUCGGAGACCAUCUCAACAACGCGUGCGAUUCUCAACCGAUAUAGAGCGGGGUUCUGAGAGUGACUCUCACCAGGACACCCUUGGAGAUUUAGGAGAGCGUCCGGUUAGUCGAAGUUCUCGCAUCGCUGCCUCGGGACUAACCGUGGAGACGGGGCAUCCGCCCCUUUCGUCCCAAGCGGCACGCCUAUCGCCAAGUGGCAACAGCUCUCCUGUGGUUUCACCCAGUUCUAAUAACUCACCUAUCUCGCCACCUGUGCCAUCUCCAGCCUCUAGAAGCCGGGGUUAUUCGCUUCGACGUACACUAUUCAACCGAAACCUCCACCAAACCAAUUCACCCGUGAAUGAUACAUCUAUUGAAUUGGGACAAAAUGCAACAGAUCGCAGGAACGCUACAGUCACCCACAGCCGGUCGGAUAGCGGCUCGUCUAAGGGCGAAAUGGUUGAAAUUGGAGAGGUUUCAUCCAGCAACAAGGACGAUGACUCUGCGUUUGCGUCAGAAAGAACGGACACCCUUAAAGGCGUCCGCACGUAUCGCGCAUCCCGUUCUUAUGGUCUAGCAAAGAAAAGCUUUACGCAGUGGAUACUAUCAUUGCUAGAAUCAAUAGGUGUUGUUUUCCGCGAACACGUUCUUCGAAUCAAGCCUAUUCCUCCUAGCAAAGACGGUCGGCACAUUGACCUGGAUGCACACCGAACCGAACCACUCAUAGAUGAGCGGACAGGAAAACACUAUAUCAGUAACUAUAUUCGAUCCAGCCGAUAUAGUCUGUGGAGUUUCUUUCCUAAGCAGUUCAUUGCUCAAUUUUCCAAACUUGCGAAUUUUUACUUUCUGGUUAUUGCUAUUUUACAAAUGAUACCCGGUCUCAGCACCACCGGAACUUUUACCACAUUCGUUCCUUUAAUGAUUUUUGUUGGUAUUUCCAUGGGAAAGGAAGGAUUCGAUGAUUUUCGUCGAUAUCGAUUGGACAAGGAGGAAAAUAAUCGACUGGCCCUGGUACUACGCCCCAAUAGGCAGAAUGGAAUAACGUCGGAUCCCUUGCUAGGUAGCUCUCAGCCAAUCUCCGAAGAGGCAGACGUUUGGGCGCCGACGAAGUGGAUCGAUAUUCAAGUGGGUGAUGUAAUCCGGCUGGAGCGCGAUCAACCAGCACCUGCUGACCUUGUGCUUUUACAUGCUGAAGAGCCUAAUGGGAUCGCCUAUAUUGAAACUAUGGCGCUGGAUGGAGAAACCAAUCUGAAGAGCAAAAAGCCUUGCAUUCCCGUUGCAAAAACUUGUGCCACUAUAGAAGACAUCACCGCAAAUAAGUCAACCCAUUUUGCGGUGGAGGACCCAAAUAUCGAUCUCUACAAGUUCGAUGGCAACGUCACAGUUGCAGGCGAGAAAUUGCCUCUGACUAACAACGAAGUUAUCUAUCGUGGAAGCGUACUUCGAAAUACCCACGAAGCCAUCGGCAUGGUAAUUUACACGGGAGAAGAAUGCAAGAUACGGAUGAAUGCCAACAAAAACCCGCGAAUUAAAGCGCCCGCUCUUCAGGCAAUGGUGAACCGAGUUGUCGCGGUGAUCGUCCUUUUCGUUGUGGUUCUCUCUUCGGCCUGUACGAUCGCUUAUCGUUUCUGGUCUCAAGAUGUCGAGAGUAAAUCUUGGUAUCUUGAGCAAGCCAUGGUCUCUUACGGCCCGGUCUUUACGUCUUUCCUAAUCAUGUUUAACACUCUGAUUCCAAUCUCUCUUUACGUCAGUCUCGAGAUUGUCAAAGUCGCCCAAAUGUUUCUAUUGAACGAUAUCGAUAUGUACGAUGAGGAUUCGAAUACACCUUUGGAAGCAAGAACCUCUACUAUAAACGAGGAACUUGGCCAAGUCAGUUAUAUAUUCUCCGAUAAAACGGGCACUUUGACAAACAACUCCAUGCGUUUCCGCAAAAUGAGCGUAGCCGGCACCGCUUGGCUCCACGAUACCGAUCUAAACGAGGAUGGAGAAGGCAAAAUGCUUCUUCAUAAAAAGCGAAAGGGCAAAAAAGCGACCGGUAGAAAAUCCAUUGCGGAUGAAGCAAGAAGAGGAUCGCGGCUAUCUAGGCUAUCCAAUGUUUCAAAUCUUAAAGAUCGGACUGGUGUAUCGCCGUCACGGUGGAGGUCCAAUAGGCGAAACAGGCAGUACCACGUUACGCCGGCGGGCGAAGAUCCAGCGUUUCGGGCAAUUCAACGCUCUGCGGUUCGGGAGAGCAUUGAUGUAUGGCUAAGAGAUCGCGAGACUGAUGGAGGAAUGGAUCUCAGACAGGAUGGAAACGAGAAUUACAGUCCACGGCCUUCCGCUCAGUUUGGUGGUAGGGCCUCUUUCGCAUACUCAGAUGGUCGGCCGUCCUUUCAGACCGACGAUGGAGAAGACCUGGUUGAAGAGGCUUUAGUGGUCAACGAGGCACAGGUUUUUGAACGGUGUUUCCAGCAUUUAAACGAUUUUGCGACAGAAGGAUUGCGAACGCUCCUUUACGGAUACCGGUACUUGACCGAAGCCGAAUAUAAAGAGUGGAAAGCGCAGUACAUGGAGGCUGUGACCAGCUUGUCGAACCGCCAGGAGAAGAUUGAAGAAGUAGGGGAACAGAUUGAGAACCAGUUCGAACUCUUAGGUGCGACAGCGAUUGAAGAUAAGCUUCAAAAGGGUGUGCCAGAGGCCAUUGACAAGCUGAGGCGGGCUAACAUCAAGCUGUGGAUGCUCACUGGAGACAAGAGAGAAACAGCCCUGAACAUUGGCCAUUCAUGUCGCCUUGUGAAGGAUUAUUCUUCGGUUAUAAUCGUCGAUGACGAGGCUGGGAAAGUUGAAGAGACGAUACGCUCCACGGUGUUUGAUAUCCAGAACGGCAAUGUAGCCCACUCUGUGGUCGUUGUGGAUGGCCAGACACUUUCUGCCAUCGAGGCGGACCCAACUCUUGAGGCUCUUUUCUUCGACCUGGCCAUCCUUGCCGACUCCGUGAUUUGUUGUCGUGCAAGCCCGAAGCAAAAGGCUUUCCUCGUCAGAGCGAUCCGAAAGCGCGUGAACAAAUCAAUAACACUUGCUAUCGGUGAUGGUGCAAAUGACAUUGCCAUGAUCCAAGAGGCUCAUGUGGGAAUUGGAAUUACAGGAAAAGAAGGUCUUCAAGCCGCACGAAUUUCGGAUUACUCGAUUGCUCAAUUUCGGUUCCUGCUCAAACUACUACUAGUUCAUGGUCGGUGGAAUUACAUCCGCGUUUGCAAAUACACCCUGGGUACGUUCUGGAAGGAGACGCUGUUUUACCUGACUCAAGCUCUUUACCAGCGAUGGAACGGGUAUACCGGGACUAGUUUGUACGAGCCUUGGAGUUUGAGCAUGUUCAAUACCCUCUUUACUUCCCUCCCGGUUAUCUUUUUGGGCAUUUUUGAAAAGGACCUUGCGGCUUCCACGCUCCUUGCUGUCCCCGAACUGUAUACGAAAGGCCAGUUGCGAAAAGGAUUUAACAUCAAGAUAUAUCUUGGCUGGGCGUUUAUGGGCAGUUGCGAAGCAAUGAUCGUGUACUUCGUUAUGUAUGGGUUAUUUGGCGAUGCUAUUAUUACCAAGGAUAAUGGUGUAUUCGCGCUGGGCUUGCUCACUUACUCUGCCUGCGUGACCAUCAUAUCCGCAAAGCUGCAGGCUCUUGAAAUUCACAACCACUCGGUCAUGGCGGCGAUUUCGACUGUGCUCUCCGUCGGUGGAUGGUUUCUGUGGAACCUCAUCCUUUCAGAUCGUUAUCAAAUCGACGAGAUCUAUAACGUCCGGGAUAAUUUCAUUCACCGCAUUGGGCGAGACUUUCUUUGGUGGACGACGCUUUUUCUCUCCAUUGUCGCCGUCAUCCUCUUCGAAAUCGGCGUAAGCACCGUUCGCACCACUCUCUUCCCCACGGAUGUAGACAUGUUUCAGGAAUACGAACAAGAUCUCGAGAUUCGAAAGCGGUUUGAAGAAGCUGCUGCCAUGGAAUUGCAGCAGGGAUGGGACCGUGGGACCAAGAAGUCUAGUGCCGAGCUGCAACGUGAGGCAGCGAUUGAAGCGGCCAGAGAACUUCAGGUUCAAGAACUACUUGAUCGACGGACAAAUGAUGCGGAUACUGUCAUCAAGGGAGAGGCCGUGGCUACUGCUACCCUCCGCCCUAACGACGAGACGGAGGACGUCAGUCUUGUCGAUGGCGAGAGGCGCCAGAGUAGCAGCGCUGCUGGUCCGCGUCGGUCGUUGGACAUACAUGAAAUGUUCAGUAAAGGGUUUGGGUCCAUUCGCAAGGGCCCGGAUCUGAGAUGA